AUAGGAAAUAAUGUGCAACCAGAAACAACACUGCUUCAGUUCCUUCGGAACACAUUGAAGUUACCAGGUACAAAACUAGGGUGCAGUGAAGGAGGAUGUGGAGCAUGUACAGUUAUGGUGUCCAAAUAUGAUCACAGCCACAACAAGAUAUUACACUUUACAGCAAAUGCUUGUCUUACUCCAGUGUGUUCUGUUGAUGGCAUGGCUGUAACUACAGUAGAAGGGAUUGGUAGCACUAAAACAAGAUUGCACCCUGUACAGGAAAGAAUAGCCAAGUCKCAUGGAUCCCAAUGUGGGUUUUGUACUCCUGGUAUUGUAAUGUCAAUGUAUACAUURUUGAGAAAUAACCCUCUGCCUACUCAAAGUCAAAUGGAAAGUGCUUUUGAAGGAAAUCUUUGCAGAUGUACAGGAUAUCGCCCCAUUCUUGAAGGCUUCAAAACAUUUACAAAAGAGUUUUGCUGUGGUGGCAGUGGUAAUCAAAAUGGAUGUUGUAUGCAGCAGAUGAAUGGUCUUAUGGAUGGAGAUGAAGAUGGAGAUAACUGUGAGGCACUGUUUGAUGCAAAAGAGUUUCUCCCUUUGGAUCCAACACAAGAGCCAAUCUUUCCACCAGAACUGAUGUUGCCACAGGCUACUCAGCCACGCAGCCUGCACAUCAAAGGUGAUCAUGUAACAUGGAUAAGACCUUCAACACUAGAGGAACUACUCGAGUUGAAGAAUACCUACCCAUAUGCUAAACUGGUGGUUGGAAAUACAGAAUUAGGAAUCGAGACAAAAUUCAAGAAUCAGAAUUACCCGAUCCUGAUUGCAUCUACUCACGUCCCUGAACUGAAUGUUGUGCAACAGACAGAAACAGGUGUGACCUUUGGAUCAUCUGUAACUUUGACAACCAUUGAGGAGACGCUGAACGAUCAUGUGGUACACUUGCCAGAAUUCCAGACCAGAACGUAUUCAGCGAUUCUAGAAACACUGAGAUGGUUUGCUGGCCAGCAAGUCAGAAAUGUUGCAUGUGUUGGUGGUAACAUCAUAACAGCAAGUCCAAUAUCAGAUCUCAAUCCUAUCUUCAUGUCAAUAGGAUGUACUCUUACCGUAGCAUCAAUUGGUGGAAAACAAAGAGAGAUCAAGUUUGAUGAACAUUUUUUCCGUGGUUACAGAAAAACAUGCCUUGAACCCAACGAGGUUUUGAUAUCCAUCCACAUACCUCACACCCGUCAGAAUGAGUACAUGUUUGCCUAUAAACAAGCUCGACGUCGUGAUGACGACAUUGCCAUCGUGAAUGCUGGCAUGAGAGUGAGGCUAGAGAAGAAUGACGUCACUAAUUUGUUAAUGAUAAAGGAAUGUAGUCUGUGUUAUGGUGGAAUGGCACCAACUACUGUCAUGGCCUUGAAGACAUCUAAAGCACUCAUUGGGAGGGUUUGGGAUGAGAGUAUAGUUGAGUUUGGUUGUAGUUUACUGGAACAAGAUUUACCACUAGCAGCAAAUGCACCAGGAGGACAAGUCAGUUAUCGACGUUCUUUGACCACCAGUUUCUUCUUCAAGUUCUAUCUCAUGGUCACUCACAAACUCAGCCAAAUUCAGAGCCACAAUGUUACUCCUUUACCUGAGGCAUACCAAAGUGCUACAAAAUUCCACCAGAAAGUUUCCUCAAGAAGCAUUCAAACUUUUCAGGAAGUCCCAGCUGAUCAGUCAAAAGAUGACGUUGUUGGUCGACCAAUAACUCAUUUAUCUGCACUGAAGCAAGCAACAGGAGAAGCUGUAUACGUUGAUGAUAUGCCUAAAUAUGCAGAUGAGUUAUACUUGUGUCUUGUAUUGAGCCAGCGAGCCCAUGCAAAAGUCUUAUCAGUGGAUACAAGUGAAGCAACCAUGAUGCCUGGUGUUCAUGCUUAUGUCUGUGCUGAUGACGUACCAGGCUCUAACCACUUUGGAAUUGCAGUUGCUGACGAACUGGUCUUUUACAAUGAAGAGGUGACGUCAACAGGACAGGUGAUUGGUGCUAUUGUAGCAGAAACUCAAGCCCAGGCCCAACGUGCUGCUAAGGCCGUGAAGAUUGAGUAUGAGGAUCUACCAAGGAUCUUGACCAUUGAGGAAGCUAUCGAAGCCAAAUCAUUUUUUGAACCAAGCAUGAAGAUAGAAAAUGGAGACCUCGAGAAGGGUUUUGUGCAGUCCGACCAUGUGAUUGAAGGCGAGAUGAGGACAGGCGCCCAGGAACAUUUCUAUUUGGAGACUCAAGCAACCUUGGCUGUUCCAAAAGGAGAAGAUGGAGAAAUGGAGAUAUUCAGUUCGUGUCAAAGCCCAUCAACUGGACAGUUUUUAGUUGCCAAGAGUCUUGGAGUUCCAGCUAGUCGAAUUCUUAUGCGGACCAAGAGGCUGGGUGGCGGAUUUGGUGGUAAGGAAACUCGUUUUUCGCCUCUACUGGCUGCUGUUGCUGUUGCUGCCAACAAGGUGGGUCGUCCGGUGCGCUGCAUGCUGGAUCGAGAUGAAGACAUGAAGAAUACAGGAACAAGGCAUGCUUUUCUAGCAAAAUAUAAGGUUGGAUUCAAGAAGGAUGGUAGCAUACAGGCACUGGAUGUCAAGCUGUACAAUAAUGCUGGCUAUUCACUUGAUCUUUCUCGUGCAGUCAUGGACCGUGCUCUGUUUCACUCUGAAAACUGUUACCGAAUACCCAACAUUCGAGUAGAAGGCUGGUGCUGCAAGACCAACAUCCCUUCCAACACAGCAUUCAGAGGAUUUGGUGGUCCCCAAGGAAUGAUGAUUGCUGAGUCAUGGAUUCAGGAUGUUGCACAGACUUGUGGAAUUUCACAACGACAG